GUGAUGGAUCACAGUAUAAACCAAUAGGAAGUCAGAAUGGUAUAUGUUUAUACUUCUCUACAUCCAAUCACAAUCAGAUUUACUCUAUCUGGAUGGAGAGAUUUAUCUGGAUAGGGGUUUUAUUGAAUGAUGAGAAGCCGGAAUGAAAACCAGCUGAAAUGAAAUAGGAGUAACAAGGCUGUAGAUAACCAACAUUUCUACUAUAAUAAUUUUAGGACUGUGAUUAUUACUGUAAUAUAAUGUAUUGUAUAUUUCACACUUCUAUAUUUCGACAGUGAACCAAUAAGAAGAACUGGGCUGGGUCCAGUGUGGUUUAGUUCUUCAAGUGCUUUCAUAAUCAUAAACUUUAACACACACACACACACACACACACACACACACACUCAUUUGAAACUCAUCUGGUGAGGUUGAACAGGGAUGGCCUCACAGUGCUUUACAAUAUAUAUUUCCGUCGUGAUGGCAGUAUCAUUCUCUGCAACAAAAGCAGAUAAUUCUCCUCCUAAUUUCCAGCCAGCGUCCAUUUAUGGAAACACUACUGGGAACACUGGGGGUCAUAUGCAGUUUAGGUGCAUCAUCUUUGAUGAAACUGGUGCUCAUAAGGACGUGGUCAUGUAUCUGUGUAGAAACGGUGUUGGAGUGAUGAUGGAACCUCAGGGGAAAAAUCGAGAAUACACUUUUAAUAUGAGGAGAGUUUCAGUGGAGGAUUCUGGGAACUACAGCUGUGUUUACUCAAUAGAAAGACAUCCUCUGGAAAUUGUGAAAUCAUCAGGAGGAAGAACAAUCCACGUCCAAAUCACUGACUUUGCGUCCGCAGUGAACACACCAGCACCUCCAACAACCUCUAUCAACAGCAAUGAUUCGUCUCCUCUCUCACUGAAAUUAAUAGAAACGCUGCUGUUUUCUCUGGGUGUUCUGCUCGUGGCUGGAAUGCUCUUUUUGGGAAUAUACUGUACAUAUACACAUAACAUAAACCAAACCCAAGGACAAAGUGUUCAGGAUAAUAAUAUUCAGUUAUGUGAAGAUUCAGUAUCAGUGCUGUCGGAAAUGGAAAGGAAGGAGACCUUUAAUGAUAUGUAUGCAUACGCCACAAUUUCUGAAGUAGAAGCUCAAACAAUUCCAACUACUUUUGGUAAUGCUGGAACUGCGGUUUACAGUCUCGCUGAAGGCCCAGCGAUAUACAGUACAGCUCAGAAACCUGAAAAAAAACGUGGAGAACAACCUGCAGCAGCGACAGAGGCCAUGUAUGCAAAAGUGCAGAAACAAAAACAGGAAAAAACAUAUGAUCAGAUUUUCAUGUAUGAAUAAUCAGUGUGAAGCAUUACUGGAUAUUGUUAUAUAUACAGAAUCAAUUUAGUGAUAUUUGUUAUUUUAUAAUUAUAUAAUAGGCAUCACAAGAAGUGCAAAAAAUGAUAUUUAGAAGAGUGUCUCAUCUGCAUUAAAAAGAUCUGUAUUUCAAAAAUGAGAAAUUUCCACACAGAAGAAAUUUUUUGUGUAACACGUCUGAAUGUAAUAUCAGUCAUUUAAAGUAGAAGAAGGUUAAAA